AUGGUCAUCGCCACCGGAACCAAAUCAAGCUGCGACGCGCUCUGUGCCUCUGCUGCUUUUCAGAUCCCGGGCUAUGGGCCCCUGAUCUGUCUCCUCUGCACAACCCUUUACCACCAUGCCUAUGGACAACUAAUAAGAAGAGUUGGUUUGAUAGGGCAACUAGCGCUAACAACGUGCCCUAAAGGUAAACUGGAUGGCCAUUGCGCAAAGGUGCUUCAACAGUAUGUCCAAGACGCACUGGACCCUGCCGGCAGUUCUUGUACUGUGGACUUGUUUCAUCGGGAUUGCCUCCUCUUAUCCAAUUUCAAGUAGGACUAACGCAACUUUAUUGGAAAAGAAAUGGGAGACUCUUUUUUCACGCUCUUAUCUCGGAAUAACUGGGUCAAAAUCUGAAGUCAAUUGGGAGAGUGACUAUUUGCAGGGCAUCAAAAGAGUACGGCGACUCUACUGCAACGCGGGCAUUGGGUUUCACCUGCAGGUGCUCCCGGAUGGCAGGAUAAGUGGUGUACACAAUGAGAACCAACACAGUCUCAUAGAAAUCUCCACUGUGGACAGAGGAGUUAUAACCCUCUUCGGAGUCAAGAGUCAACUGUUUGUCGCAAUGAACAACAAGGGAAGGUUGUAUGGAAAGAAAUCCUUUGGGGAUGAGUGCAAGUUUAGGGAGACUUUGCUUCCCAACAAUUACAACGCCUAUGAGUCUUUUGUUUACAAGGGCUUCUACAUCGCUCUCAGCAAACAUGGUCGUGUGAAGAGGGGCAACAAGGCUACCACCGCCAUGACGGUCACACAUUUCCUCCCAAGACUUUGACUGAAACUGGCAAUAACUCACUUUUGCACAUUUGGAUAUACAUCCAGGUAACACAGUUAACUGUACACGCCAAUGAACUAAGGGGAAAUAUUUAUUCUGUUCAUAAAUAUAUGUAUAUUUGGUUAUAAAUUAACAUGCCAUACUGUGCUGCUUAUACUUUGAUCCUUAGAGACUGGGGGUUAAAGCCUUUGCCUGUCUCACUGUAUCUUGGUGCUUGCAAUAAUUUUACAUUUAGUCACUUCUUUGGAGAGUAAAUAUUUUCUUGGUCUAAAAGAGUGACACAAAUUAUUUCUUUACCUCAGAGACUUUCUUUUACAAAAUUAAGCGAUGCAUGCAGUAAACUAUCAGCAAAGUUUAGAUUUUGAGAGCUCUAAGCGCUUAUAGUCCUUUUCUCUCUUAAUAGCUGUAGGCCAAUAAGCCACUAAAAUGCACUACCUUUGCUGCACGAUUCAAAGGUGCCUUGGUAUUUCCUCUGGUGGCCCCCUUAAACUUGCAUGUAAGAGACACCCACUGGAGUCAGAAAUAGGGCUGACGAUCUGAGGGCCUCAAGUGAGGGAUGGCUAUCUCUGGUUUAUUUUCUUUUCUGAAAUUAGAUCAAUUAAGUAAUGUACAAUCUGUAGUUGAGACCAGAGACCAGUCAACCAUAAAUAUGAGGCCAGAGUUUUCUGUGAGCACUACCAGCAAAUAAACAGGGUGGAGCAUGGACAAAUCUUUUCAUUUCUUUGAACGGCACUUGCCACUGCACUGAGCGCACAUAGACCACUAGUACAGACUUGGCGUUUAAGAUUUGAGUUCUACUGUAUGCAAGUAGCAGCUAAAAUACAUAUACUGUUUUCAGUUAAAGUUUCUGUGAGAGGUUAAAAUAUGA